AGACAUAGUAUGAUAGAAGUAUCAAUAAUCAAUUCUAAUUCUAUUUAUAACAUUAAGCAUUGGGCCCCCUUUUCUCAUCUUAAUUCUUCUACUUUUCCCCUUUCUUGUAUGAUCUUUUACCAUUGUUCUUUACAAAUCUCCCAUUCUUGCUUCUUACAACAGGAAAAAAAAAAUCUCUUUCUUUUGACUACCCAUAAGAUUUUUUACUGUAACAAGCAAUCAUGUCUUCUCCAAGCAAACGCAGAGAGAUGGACUUGAUGAAACUGAUGAUGAGUGAUUACAAGGUGGAGAUGAUUAAUGAUGGCAUGCAAGAGUUCUAUGUGGAAUUUCGUGGGCCCAGUGAAAGUCUUUAUCAUGGAGGUGUUUGGAAAAUGAGGGUUGAGCUUCCUGAUGCUUAUCCCUACAAAUCUCCGUCGAUAGGCUUUAUUAACAAGAUAUACCAUCCUAAUGUUGAUGAGAUGUCAGGAUCGGUGUGUCUUGAUGUCAUUAAUCAAACUUGGAGUCCCAUGUUUGAUUUGGUAAAUGUUUUUGAGGUGUUCCUUCCCCAGCUUCUUUUGUAUCCAAAUCCCUCUGACCCUCUGAAUGGAGAGGCUGCUGCUCUGAUGAUGCGUGACCGACCUGCAUAUGAGAAAAAAGUUAAAGAAUACUGUGAGAAGUAUGCAAAGCCAGAGGAUGCAGGAGCUGUUCCCGAAGAAAAAAGUAGCGACGAGGAACCGAGUGAUGAAGAAUAUGCUUCUAGUGAUGAUGCAAUGGUGGGUGAAGCAGAUCCAUAGUUGCAUGUACUCAACGUUAUCUGAUUAAAUUUACCGUAUCCUUUAUGUAUCUGUACAUUAUAAUCACCUAGAUCUGGUUAAACUAAACUAAUCCCCAAGACUAAUGUAAAGACAUUUCACUUUAGUCUGUUGGGAAAAUAUUGUUGGGGAAAAUGUAUUUGCCCCAAAAGCUCCUUUUAAGCUGUUUAAUCAAUGUUCCUUGUAAAUAGUUGUACUCUACCCUUUGUAUUUUCUGCACUUCUUUAUGUUUCUAAUCCAUUAGGACCCACUUUCAUUUUGUUUACAA